AUGUCUCGAUCUAGAGUGCCUGUAAUUCAGUAUAUGCCUCCGUACUUCAAAGAUGAAAGCAUGAUGUGCCCGCCUCAAAACGAAGAAGCGAGGCAUAAAUUGCAAUACACUACAUUUGAUCCGCUCACCAAGGAAGACAGAAAAUGGUCACCGCAAGAGUUACGCAUGCUGCGCGAAGCUGUUAAGGAAUCCGUUAUUCAUGCUGGUGUGCAGAAAUUCAUUGAUAGUCUUCGUUCACUUCAUGGGCUGCACUUGCGAAGAAGUUGGAGACCCGACGGACUCCCUAUAUGUGCUUUGAAAGAUACCGAAGCGACUUAUACAGGAGAUACAAACUGGACUAAGGAAGAAGACGAUCGUUUGAUUGCCCUAGUCAAAGUGAUGACAGUGAACGGGAAUGUUCAGUGGGAUAAGGUGACCUUUUACAUGCCUGGAAGACAUCGUCAACAAAUCCGCUCUAGAUAUCAGCGAACUCUUGAUGAGAAUGUUCGACACGGUCGUUGGACGGAUCAUGAGGAUUUG